AUGUUUGUAAACAAUAUGGAUCCCCAAUUCCAUAUUUUCAAUUCGGUUUUCUGGUUAUAUUUUCUUCUUUAUGUUGAAAUAUGUGUGUAUUCCAUAUAAUAUUAUGCAAAAUAAUAAAAUAUUAAUAUUUAUAAUAUAAACAUUAGCAGAAUUGCACGUAUUGGAAAAUGUUGAAAUGUUUCAUAAAUUAUUCUUUGCAUUUUUAUCGGACUUUAAUGACAAAUUUAAAGGGCCAAAUAUAUGUGUAUCAUGAAGGUGUGUUUAGAAUAAAACCUGCUGUUUUUAAAUAGUUAAUUUACGAGUAGCAGUAAUAUAAUGAAAAUUGAAUGUGGUGGGCUCUUGUUUACAUCAGAUCUUGAUUCGGGAAAUUUAGACAAAGUAGAGUUUAUCGAAACUUCUGGAGACAGGGAAGUAAAAGCUUAUGUAUCUACUAGUGACAAAGGAUUGCCUCCUAUUUCUAGUUACAAAUAUGUUAGACGCCAGAAAGGUUCUUCCGAAACUCCCAAAUCGUCUCCUGUGCAUAUCAAAAAAUAUAUGAAAAGGAAAACUGUUUACCCACAGCUGAAGGGUGCAGUUUCAGCUGAAUCAGUUUCUGGAUUGAAUCAGUUAAUUAAGGAGUUCAAAUUAUGGACUAAACCAGAUUGCAGCGGUACUCCUUAUCAAACUACAUUUAGAACAUGGUUUCAUUUUGGUGUUGCCGGAGGUCCACCUGGAGCAGUUGUGAAAUUUCAUGUGAUGAACCUAAAUCGGCAAGGAAAAUUAUAUUUUCAUGGCAUGAAACCAGUGUUUAAAAUCAUACCUUCUAAAGAUGACUGGAAGAGAAUACCUGGGAAAGUUGAUUUUAGAUGUGAAACAGAUGGAAAUUUUAUCAUCAGCUUCUGCCAUACAUUGCCACAAGAGUCUAAUACAAUAACUUAUUUUGCCUUCACAUAUCCCUUUUCAUAUACAGAUUGUCAAAACAUGCUUGAUGCUAUUGAUUCAAAAAUUGGAUCAUCAUUAUAUGUAAAUAAAAACAA